AUGACGACAAGCACAUCUCGCGUCCCCGCAUCACCAGACCCAGAAGAAGAAGAACUAGACACAGAGAUCGCCUCAAUCCGCGCAGAAAUCCAAAACCUCCAAAAACACAAGCGCAUUCUUGCAUCCAGCCUCCUAACAACCGACCCAAUCCAAAAACUCCUCCGUAAACAACCCAAACCCACCACAGCAACUCCAACCGACCCCCUAACAACAAUUUCCCCCCUCGUCCACGCCGCCGGCGCACACGCCACCUCAAACCACCACCGCAUAGCUUUCGGCGCAACAGCCUUCCCAUUCAAAGACCCAUCCCCAACAGCGCCAACCACACCCCUCCUCGGCGUGCGCAUCGAGGUAUGCGCGCGUAACGGCCGCUUCGCAAAACCAUACUACAUCCUCCUCCAAUCAGAGCGGCGCGUUCCCAGUCCCAGUUCAGGUUCUACAAAGAUGUUGAGGGUGUAUCGACACACCGUGCCGGGAUUUAUCUCAAUCGCGAAGCUGGAGAGUGUCUAUCUACCGCGGCCUGGUGGAACACGGGCCAAUGGAGAUGGGAAUACGGAAGGGGGUUCAUCUGCUGAUGAGGCCGACCCCGCGAAGCCAUGGAAGAACAGCAGCCGUGUCCGGAAACAAGAUUUGCGGGGGUUUGUGCGUGAGCUUCGGAGGGAGCUUGUUGCUUGGAAUAUGCGUGUUGAUGCGGUUGAGUUCCUGCGUGAGAAAUUGGGUCUUGUUGGUGAGGGUGGGGGGUCUUUGCCGUUUGAUGUUUCGCCGGAUCGGGAUACGGGGAUUGUUUUUUUGGCUGGUGUUUCGUUGGAGACGCGGUAUGUGCGAGUUGAGUGGGUUGAUGGUCGGGUUGGACGGUUUAAGUUGUCUAAUAAUGGGGUUGUGGAGCGGGCUGUUGUUAUUGGUGAUGAGGGUCGGGAUAAGAAGAUUGAGGAUGCGAUUACUGGUGGUGGUGGGAGAGUUGAGACGGUUUUGGAUAGAUUGAGGGUGGAUGUGUUGUCGGGAUCACCGCGGGCAUGA